UCUUGUGUUCCUUUUCAGAUCCUUUCAAUUAAAGACUUCCUCCUCCUGCAGAUCCCCUUGCAGUCCCCUAUGAACACUGUGUGGAGUGAUGACUAGCGUGUGCACCCCCGAACCCUCCCACCACUACACACAGACACAAUAUACAGCAAGUGAUUGUGUGUCAGUGAUGUUGAAAGUAUUGGUUUUCAGGCGUAGAUGCUCGGCAGGUGGAGGAGUAGCAAAAUUCUGCAGAACAGCCAACGCUGACGCACCUGUCCUGAUCCGACCCUCCCACCUGUCUGUGUCACUUCUGAAGAAAAGAUCUCUGUCCUGUCCCAGUCAGGACCUCCAAGCCCCAGGAAAAAUGGGCAACAUGGCAACAGAGAUCGUUGCCUUUGUCCUGACCAUCUCGGGGUGGAUCCUGGUGUCUUCCACCCUGCGGCUAGACUACUGGAAGGUGUCCUCUGUGGACGGGACGGUCAUCACUACCGCUACCUUCUGGUCUAACCUGUGGAAAACAUGUGUGACUGAUUCCACUGGUGUGUCUAACUGCAAAGACUUUCCUUCAAUGCUGGCUCUGGAUGCCUAUAUCCAGGUGUGUCGAGGUUUGAUGAUCGGCGCUGUAUGUCUGGGUUUCUUUGGUGCCAUCUUCGCCUUGGUAGGAAUGAAGUGCACAAAAAUAGGAGGCUCGGAGAUCACCAAGGCUCGUCUUACUGUCCUCUCGGGCUUCCACUUCAUUCUCAACGGCCUCUGCUGCAUGACUGCAUGCUCCAUAUAUGCUCACAGGAUCACAACUGACUUCUUUGACCCCCUCUUUUAUGCCCAGAAGUUUGAGCUGGGUGCAGCUCUCUUCAUCGGCUGGGCUGGAUCUCUAAUGUGUAUCCUAGGCGGACUUAUCUUCUGCUUCUCACUGUCCAAAGGCUUCAGUGUCAGAGCUGAAUACUCCUACACUGGAGCUGCAUCAUUUGAGACAGCACGCAACAAGCACAGAAAGACAAGAAACAACCUUCACAAUGAACCAGGGGAGCCAUCGAGGCAGUUUGGAAGAAAUGCCUAUGUGUGACAUUGGACUCUAUCUUGUUGUUACAUUUAUUAUAGUAGUUUGGGGUCACUAUUAUAAUAGUUUGGGGUCACUAGAAACUAUUUCAUCAGUAAAAGCAAAGGACUCCAUUCACAAAUUGUCCCUCAUCUCCAUGGAAAUGAUGGUUGGUAAGUGUAAAUUGUGUGUCAGUUUACAUAUUCUAUUGAUUUUAAAUGGCCAGAUUCAUUUUUAAAUUCGGGUCCUUUUUGGGACAUUUCUGUCAAUGGCUCUAUGUAAAAGAUAAGCUUGCUUUUCUUUUAGGGCAGGAAAUUUGAUUUGGCACAAAACUGCAUUCAAACUCUCCGGUCACCUUCAAUGAGCUGGCCUUUCCUGCCUGUCUCACAUAGACUGGAGCGAUAUUAAAUCUCUAUUUUAUGAUUUUUGAUUCAAAUGCCAGUUGGACAUCAAUAUCAUCGAGCAUCUUGUUUUCC